GUGGAGUGGUGUGGAGUGGUGUGGAGUGGUGUGGAGUGGAGUGGUGUGGAGUGGUGUGGAGUGGAGUGGUGUGGAGUGGUGUGGAGUGGUGUGGUGUGGAGUGGAGUGGUGUGGAGUGGAGUGGUGUGGAGUGGUGUGGAGUGGAGUGGAGUGGUGUGGAGUGGAGUGGUGUGGAGUGGAGUGGAGUGGUGUGGAGUGGUGUGGAGUGGUGUGGAGUGGAGUGGUGUGGAGUGGUGUGGAGUGGAGUGGUGUGGAGUGGUGUGGAGUGGAGUGGAGUGGUGUGGAGUGGAGUGGUGUGGAGUGGUGUGGAGUGGAGUGGUGUGGAGUGGAGUGGUGUGGAGUGGUGUGGUGUGGAGUGGAGUGGUGUGGAGUGGAGUGGUGUGGAGUGGAGUGGAGUGGUGUGGAGUGGUGUGGAGUGGAGUGGUGUGGAGUGGUGUGGAGUGGAGUGGUGUGGAGUGGUGUGGAGUGGAGUGGUGUGGAGUGGUGUGGAGUGGAGUGGUGUGGAGUGGUGUGGAGUGGAGUGGAGUGGUGUGGAGUGGAGUGGUGUGGUGUGGUGUGGAGUGGUGUGGAGUGGAGUGGUGUGGAGUGGAGUGGAGUGGUGUGGAGUGGAGUGGAGUGGUGUGGAGUGGAGUG